AUGAAUUUGAGUCACACAAUGUAAUCGCACCGUAGGGACAACACGUCUAAAAUAAAAAGAACUGUUCCAUAAACCACAGAUUAAGGUGUUUACAUACGAACAUAAAGUGAAGAUAAGUGAAAAGUACAGAUAAUGUGAGUUAUAUAAAUGUGUGUUCAAUUAAAUCGUGUGGAAAAGGCAGUAAUGAUAUCGAGACGUAAUGAUUCGAUUACUUUGGCCACUAUGUGUUCUAAUGCUGAUCAGCUUAGCGACUGCAGAAGUUGAUUUUGAUGGAGGGCUUAGUGACCUCUGCUUCUCAUGUGUCUGCAGCUCAGAUAGAACGAUCGUUGAUUGCUCCCGCAGAGGACUGACUGAGUUGCCUGAUGGAUUCGGCAGUCAGGUGACGAAGCUGAACAUUUCAAACAAUGAAAUAUCCACAUUUCCCAAGAACUUACACAAAUUCUAUAAUCUGGUCACUUUAGACAUAAGUGGCAAUCGUCUGAACGAAGUACCUAAAGAUGCGCUACAAAACUUAACUGUCCUUGAAGACCUGAAUUUAUCGCACAACUACUUCACAUCAUGGCUUAGUCUCAAUCCUAAUGAAGCCUUCCUACCAGCACCAAAUUUGAAGAAAUUGGACUUGUCCUUCAACAAAUUUGGAACAAUGGGUAACCUGGCAAAUCAGGAGCUGAUAAUUAGUAAUUCUCUUGAAACUUUAAUACUGGAGCAGUGUGAAAUAGAUGCUGUAUACGGAAGAUCUGCAUUGAGUGGUCUUGCAAACAUCAAAUAUCUAAAAUUAAACUUCAAUCCCAUUACGCGAAUACAAGGACUCAUAUCGUCUACGUUAAAGAGUCUCGACGUCAGCAACUGUGCUCUCAGCAUAAUAAACCAUAACGAAUUAAUGUACUUACCAUCUCUGGUACAUUUGAAAAUGUCUCACAAUUAUCGCUUGGAACUAUCAUCUUCCGCAUAUAAUUUAUUCUCAGACUCUUUACGGUAUUUAGAUAUAUCAUACUGCAAUGUACUGCAACCAAACCUGCAAGGAUUUCCUAAUCUACGAAGAGCGGUCCUCAACCACAAUAUGAUUAGAUUUCUAAGGAGUAAUGAGUUUGUAAAUAACACUCUAUUAGAAUAUUUAGAUUUAUCUUACAAUAACAUCGGCUCGCUAAAAAGUGAUACAUUUCGAGGACUGACUUUGAUAAAACAUUUAGAUUUAUCUUGGAAUGAAAUAGCGACUAUACCUGAAGAUACCUUACUUGCAAUGCCUGUAUUGACACAAAUGAGACUAUCUCGAAACUAUCUCACGAAAGUUGGUCAUCUGAAAUCGAACUCAGUGACUGUUCUUGAUUUGAGCUCCUGUGAAAUAAGCGUUAUUGGACCAGAUUCUUUGGAAGGACUACAGAGUCUUGUAGACUUGGAUUUGUCUAGAAAUCUUCUAACACAUAUACCUGACAGUAUAUCGUCUAACACAUUAAAGUACUUAAAUCUGAACUAUAAUCGUUUGACAUUCGUGAAUAAUUACACCUUCUUCAUGUUGCCUCGACUAAUAGGCUUAAGCGUCAUUGGAAAUAGAUUUACGACAAUCUGGAGACGGUCAUACUUUGAAUCAAAUCCAUAUCUAGAACGACUAGAUUUAAGCGAUAACAUGUGGAGAUGUGACUGUGGUGAUGGAAAUAUGUAUGAUUUUUAUGAAUUCAUAACUCUCGAACCUAACAAAAAGGAAGAAUCGUACAAUCUUGUCUGUAAUAGCCCAUUAACGUUAAUAGGGCAAACAUGGUUAGAAGCCUGUUAUUUUGUUUGGAAUCCCACCGAAAAAGUACCAAGUCCAGAUGGAUUAAUAUGGUUUAUAACCGUAAUGAUUGUAGGAUUAACAUUGUGCCUGCUGUUAGUAAAUUGUAUAAGGAGAUCUAUGCAGCGCCGUUUAGCAGUUAUUCAAGCUGAGAGAGAAAGACAAGUUGAAGAAGCAAGAGAUAGGUUGAGACAGUUGAGAAUUCGUGCAGAACAAGAAGCUUUAUGCAACACCCCAGAUCCUCGCGAUCUGAUUGCGCCUCCAUCCUACGAUGAAGCUCUCUCGAUGCCAAAAUUGAAUGCAUCUUGUCAUUCUCUUAACGAAACAGGUACGGGUAAGACACGAAGGAAACGUGGUCGAAGGAAAACUAAGUCAAGUGGAGAUUUACUUGAAGAAACUGAGAGGAACGGAGAUGUCCGUGUGUUAGAUGAUGUUGAACUAUCUGAAACGUCAAAUGAUCGGCGACGUAGACCAAGGAGACAAAUAAGUAGGUAUGGCAGUCAUGAAGUGGCUGAAUUAGACCAAUCGCCCGGUGCUCGUCGUCGCCGCAUGUCCGAAUAUAAUGCCGACUAUGAUUCGCAGACUGACGAUAAUGUGACCGUUGAAGUUCAGGCAGAAUUAGAAAGACCCCUGCGACCUCGACCACGCAGAUAUUCCAAUGGUGACAAUAACCUGAGGGAAAGUGACUUUUGAAAGAGAUUAUGAGAAUACCUAAGUAGCAUUUAGUUGAACCCUAUUAUAAGUUUUGUUAUUACCAACAUUAUAAAUUAAGUUAUUAGGAAUUUUAUUAUGAAAAUAAAUAAUGUUACAUGA